AUUUUUCGUUACUAUUUCAUUAACUCGUACGAAAAUAUUCAAAUUCUAAAAUAAAUUCUGUCUCUGAUAAGAAUUUUCAUCGAUCUGUCAAAGUGUUUUAAAUUAUAACAAUGUUAAUCCGGUAAAGAAGUACAGUAUUAAUUAAAAUGUUAAAUGAAACAAAUAAUUCUAAACGGAGCGAAAGCGCGAAAAAUAUUAUCAUUACGUCGCUUGUCUCAGGUUCCGUCGCGGGAAUUGUUUGCGAUCUCAUAUCUUUUCCUUUGGACACUCUUAAAACACGAUUACAAAGUCAGCAUGGUUUUGUGCAAUCCGGUGGUUAACGGCUAUAUCAAGGUUUAAGCCCAGUACUGAUAGGAUCUGCUCCCUCCGCUGCUUUGUUUUUUAUAACAUACAACGGGAUAAAGAAGUUUCAACCUCGUAUACCCGAACAAUAUUACCCGAUGCAUAUGUCGGCUGCGGCAAUAGGAGAAGCGAUUGCAUGUGUUAUCCGAGUACCGGUUGAGGUAGUGAAACAAAGGAAACAAGCACUUUUAGAAGACGCGUACAAAUUACCAUUAAGAACUUUGUAUCGUGGCUAUGGAAGUACGGUAAUUCGGGAUUUACCGGUUGGUCUGAUUCAGUUACCACUUUGGGAAUAUUUUAAACUAUGUUGGACAAAACAUGUAGGACGAGAAUGCACUCCUAUGGAAGGUGCCAUCUGUGGAGCGUUAUCAGUCGCUGUAUCCGCGAUUGUGACAACGCCUUUGGAUGUUGCGAAAACUAGAAUAAUGUUAUCGAACGCAUCGGCAGGAAAAGAUGAAGUAAAGAUAUCUACAAUGUUAAGAAGGAUUUAUCGAGAAUGUGGUAUUAAAGGACUUUUUGCUGGUUUCACACCAAGAGUGGGUGGUUUUACUCUUAGCGGAUUCAUAUUCUUCGGUUACGAGAAAGUUAGAGAAAGUUGCAUUUCAAAUUUAUCUUUAUAGUGUUAAGAAAGGAUUAAUAGAAUAUUAUUAUACAAAAUUCAUUAGUAAAUUGUAAUUUACUACAAGAGGUAAUUAUUUUCAUCCUUGGUAAUAAUAUCAGUACUUUGUUUGACACAUUGCAUAUCAAUCAUUUGUUAUUAAUACAAUAAGCUUUUCAAUACUUUUCAACUGAAACAAUAGUCUAUUCAUUAUGAUAUCUUUUAUUACAGAUCUCACUAUUUAUGUUGCAAUAAAACUGCUCACGUUCAAGAAAGGCACAAGAUACAUACGAAGCAUUUAAUAAUUGUAUUUUACACUUUGAUU